CUGCGCAUGCGAAGCAUUUCGGAUCAGUCGCGUGAUGUGAUGGGUGCGAAAAAGAAUAUUGGUGGGCGGUCCUGGUAGGGUAACUUUUUGGACCUUUGGUGUUAACUCAUGGUUGAACCAAGCCUCAACACAACCAUUACCCAAGUCUAUGUUGGGGGGUUUCGAGGAAAAUAAAGUACUUCGUAGUGUUUUCAUGGAUAAGGGGUAAAAUUGACAGGACCAGAGUGAAUAAUAGAAAGAAAGAAAAACCAGAGAAGAUAAGAUAUUGACUGGUCUAGGCCUAGCAGCAAUCUCAUCGGCGCCUCUCGAUGCAGGUGCCUAGUCGACGGUAAGCCGGAAGGAGAUUGCUGGUAAUCAAAUUAAAUGCUCUAACGGUACCUACGCGACUAAAUAAUCCCUCGCCCCUUGGUAUCAGCAUCCUGAAGCAUCUGGGUGGCUCAGCAUCAGCAUGUACAACAAAACCACUGCAAGUUGGCCCCGACCAACGGUGAAGAGAAUAAAAAAAAAAAUCAUGGCUCACCCCACUCAGCCCUUGGCCAACAGCAGAUGGGAGAAGGAUGUGGGCGAUCUUUUCUUCUGUUUCUACCGGCCAGUUACAGGGCGUUCAGCUGUAAUGUGCCACAGCCCCAGCCUUAGCGUACUUUGGCCAAUUCAGCGUCAAUAACUAACUCGGUAUGAAAGGAGACCUGGGGCUGGACUGAUACGACCGAAACUUGAACCUACUUACAUUAGGCAUGAGUCUAGCUCAUUCCUGUUACAAUGUCAUCGUCUCAAGCCCACUCAGUUGAAAUAAUCAUGUCACUUACCCGCUGAGCAUGGGCAUGGAAGAAAAGACCCCUUGUGUACCGUACAAGUCCAGGAGAACACACGUCCACUGCAACGGCUCAGCCUGAGGAAGUAUUAUUUUACUUCUUCCCCACGAUUCCCCGCCGGGGCGCUUUGCGUUGGCUCGCCGUAUUCGAUCCUUUGGCUGUGUUAUCGAUCAAAGCUUGCUUCAACGUCUCUCGAGGAGGCGAGCAAGUUCAUGCUUACAGAUUUUGUUUCUUUUUUCACUCCUUCUUAUCUUGUUUUUUGUCUUUCCUCCUACCGCCCGCCAUGCUCAGGGAUUGAACAAAAAAAAACAUCAAAACAAAACAAAAGACGAAGUUAGACCGUGCAAGAAAAGAAAUUCAUACACAACACACAGCCAACUUGCAUUCGUCAUCGCCUUGCCCGGCUCCACAUAUACCGUUUCCUUUCCCCACACUUGCGCGUCCUCGUAGGUAGGAAGCUUUCAGUUGUUGCAGCACCAGCAGCAGCAACAGGCAAGCUCCCCGCCGCCGGCCGUUCUGCACUACCUACACGGUCGGUACCUUAUCCAUCCCCGUUCUUUAGAGUCUCAUCCAUCUGCCAGUUUGGCCUUGGUUUUGGCCUGGGCACCCCAAGUACCAGCGAUCACGAGUAAUAAGACAAGCAGGUACCGAAUUGGAUGCCAGGUACAGACAGGCCAAAACAAGAAUAAAUUUUUAAAAAGGGAAAACCAGAAAACCAAGGCAAAAGAAAAGGAGGAAACAGCUGGUUUUUGUUGUCUGCCUGUGACGUCCUCCAUUCCACUCACUGGCAACACGUGCAUAAUUCUAUCAUCACGCCAAUCCUCGACAUCUGUACCGAUCAACACCAAGACUCGCCGAAUCCGCGACCAAGCUGCAGCUGUAGCUGUAGCCAAGCCCUACACUGCUAACGGCCUCAACGGCGAACCCAAUUGGACCCGAUCCAAAGCCGAACACCGCCAGGACGCGUGUGCUUCCCGGACUCCGAUAAACCACAUUCCUUUUCGCAGCCGAGCCUUGUCAAUUGCUUGCGCCCCUAAGACUUGAGGAUUCCAUCCCUUGCCCGCAGUGGUGACGGCAGUUGAAGCUGAGCACCACAAGCGAGCCUGACCCACUGCCAAACGCCACUGUCAUCACCAAGCCAGACCCCUCCCCCCCAGUCGCCAAUAUGGUUCGAAUAAUUCCCAGCAGGCUCAAGUCGAGUGCCUCCAUUUCCAACACAGCUUCCACCAACAACAGUCGGGCACCCAGUCCAAUGAGGAACAAAGGGGACUCAGCAAGCCCGGAAGGGCGCAGAGAGACAGGUUUGGUGUUGAAUAUUGUUAUUCUGAGGGGCCGCAACUUGGCCGCGAAAGAUAGAAGCGGAACUUCGGACCCUUACCUUGUUUUGAACUGCGGCGAUUCCAAGCACGUUACUGCAACCGUUUCCAAAUCACUCAACCCCGAAUGGAACGAACAAUGCGAAUUUCCCAUUAACGGAGCACAGCACCUGCUCCUUGACGUCUGCGCCUGGGACAAGGACAGGUUUGGCAAGGAUUAUAUGGGCGAGUUCGACCUUGCAUUAGAGGAAAUAUUUCUGGACGAGAAGACAGAACAGCCGCCGAAAUGGUAUCCCCUAAAGAGCAAGCGACCCGGCAAGAAGACUAGUGUGGUUUCCGGAGAAGUCCUAUUGCAGUUCACCAUCUUCGAUUCCUCCAACCGCGAUGCCACACGCCGCGAUAUUUACAACAAACUCAUGGGCAUCGUCAAGGCUGCGGCGCCGGAGGCUGAAUCUUCAUCCAGAGACCCUACACCAACACUCACACCAGUCUUGGCCCCGGUGCGGAAACCCAGCAGCACAGGAAAUUCUCCGUCCCCACCCCUCCUCAGCAGGCGACAGACCUCGGAUCUUGGAGAUGGGGCGGAGAACGGGGACGAUGAGUAUGAGAUUUAUGACGACGAGACGCCCGACGAGCCAGAAGAGGCUGAUGAUCCCAACCAGCCCGAGGUCAUUGAAAAGAGGAAACGAAGACUCAGGAUCAAGGGUCUAAAGCGCAAGAAGAGGGACAAUGGGUUUGAGUUCAGCAAUAGCAGUUCCGACGUGGUUGGUAUUAUCUUCCUCGAGAUCCGCAGCAUCACCGACCUACCCCCAGAGCACAACUUUACCAGGACUAGCUUCGACUGCGAUCCAUUUGUGGUGGCCUCGCUGGGCAAGAAGACCUACCGAACCCGGACGAUUCGACACAAUUUGAACCCUGUUUUCAACGAAAAGAUGAUUUUCCAGGUUUUGAACCACGAACAGCAGUAUUCUUUCUCCUUCACCGUUAUAGACCGGGACAAGUUCUCGGGUAAUGAUUUUAUUGCAUCCGUCAACUUGCCCAUCAAGGAGAUCAUGGAUAAGGCUCCCAGGGCGGACCCGACUACCGGCCUGUACGAGCUCAAAGAUCCUCCAGAAUAUACGCCAGAAAAGCGGUCUCGGUUCAUGAGACUCAGUAUGUCGCGGUCUGGCUCUUCUGCAUCCCUAUCUAAGUUGAGCCGGCCGUCACUGAGCAAGUCUUCCUCGCUGGCCUCUACCACAGCACAAGGCUCUGCGACACCGUCACAAGCUACACCGGCCCCCUCAACGUCGCCAGGCGCUAGUGGAAUGCUCUCGGAAGCAGUGGCCAGAUCCAACGCAGUUAACUCUGGGCUGCUGACACCUUCCGAGAACGUCGGUGCGGCCGCUGCGGUUUCUGCUGCGGCAACAUCUGGUGGAGAGUUGAACCCGGACAGCGAUGACCCCUUCUUCGUGUCCUUUGAUCUACCUUUGAAAAUGAAGAAUCUCGAAAAGUGGGAGGACAAGCACAGCCCGGUGCUCUACAUCCGUGCCAAGUACAUGCCCUACCCAGCGCUUCGACAGCAGUUCUGGAGAGCGUUGCUGCGACAGUACGAUGCCAACGAAAGCGGCGAGAUCAGCAAGGUGGAGCUCACCACGAUGCUCGACACAUUAGGAUCGACGCUGAGAGACUCUACGAUCGACAGCUUCUUCCAACGGUUCCCUCACAAGGCUGCAAAUGGCGAGGAUGGAGUCGAGAUCACCAUGGACGAGGCAGUUCUUUGCCUCGAGGAUCAAUUGUCCAAAUCCAGACCGGGCUCGACAAUUGGCGACAAGGUCAAGAACAUGCUACCUGAUGCGGAGAAGGUCAAGGGGCUACUUUCGGUACCUGGUCAUACGGCAUCAACAGCGUCUGACACAUCAAGCGGUGAUGACGCAACCCCGGUUGAGGGAUCAUCUACAACUGUAACCACAGAGGACAGCACCAUCAAAGUGCCGGACCUUAGUGACUCGGGCAUGGAGGGAGACGUUCUUGAGCGCGGGGAUGAUUUGAAUGACCGCGGCGAGGAGCACGUCGUUAUGAUUAGAGAGUGCCCCAUCUGCCACCAGCCUCGACUUAAUAGGCGGAAAGAUGCCGACAUCGUGACGCACAUCUCGACCUGUGCCAGCCAGGAUUGGCGGCAGGUCAACAACCUCAUGAUGGCAGGCUUUGUUACAGCCAGUCAGGCGCAUCGCAAGUGGUACUCCAAGGUCAUCACCAAGAUAUCGUACGGCGGCUACAAGCUCGGUGCCAACUCGGCCAAUAUCUUGGUCCAAGACCGACUGACGGGCCAGAUCAACGAGGAGAAGAUGAGCGUUUAUGUGCGUCUGGGUAUUAGGUUAUUGUACAAGGGGCUGAAGUCCAAUAGUAUGGAGAACAAGAGGAUUCGGAAACUCCUCAAGAGCCUCAGCAUCAAGCAGGGCAAAAAGUAUGACGACCCUGCCUCCACAGCCGAGAUUCAGAAGUUUAUCGAGUUCCACAACCUAGACAUGUCGGAGGUACUUCUAUCGAUCGACGAGUUCAAGAGCUUCAACGAGUUCUUCUAUCGUGCGCUCAAGCCUGGUGCAAGGCCCUGCUCGGCGCCCGACCGCCCGCGCAUCAUCGUGUCACCCGCGGACUGCCGUUGCGUAGUAUUCAAUCGCGUCGACGUGGCAACCAAGGUCUGGGUCAAGGGACGUGACUUUUCAAUCAAGAGGUUGCUAGGCGAUGCUUACCCGGAGGAUGCCAAGCGCUACGAGAACGGGGGCGGUCUGGCCAUUUUCAGGCUGGCGCCGCAGGAUUACCACCGCUUCCACAUUCCGGUCGACGGUGUGAUGGGCAAACCAAAGACCAUCGCGGGCGAGUACUAUACAGUCAACCCCAUGGCCAUCAGGUCUGCCCUGGACGUGUACGGCGAGAACGUGCGCGUCGUAGUGCCAAUCGACAGCCCAGAGUUUGGUCGGGUUAUGGUGGUAUGCAUCGGCGCCAUGAUGGUGGGCAGCACCGUGAUCACUGGGCACGAGGGCGACGAGGUCAAGAGGGCGGAUGAGCUGGGCUACUUCAAAUUUGGAGGCAGCACACUCGUAGUGCUCUUUGAGGAGGGCAAGAUGAGGUUUGAUGACGAUCUUGUGGAUAACUCCAACGGAGCGCUUGAGACUCUGGUCCGCGUCGGCAUGUCAGUAGGACAUCAUGUCAAUGAGCCUCAGUGGACACCAGACAUGCGCAAGAACGAGAAUGACAUCACGGAACAGGACAAGAAAGAUGCCAAGCGCCGCAUUCAGGGGGCUGAGUUCAGCGACAUGACGCCCGAAGACAGCGGGCCCGAUGAGACCCCGUCCAAGCCGUCGCUAACAACCAGAAUUGCGGGCUGAUGAUGGAGAGUUUGCAACUAGACUAGUAAAAGGCGAUCAUAUGAAGUAUGGUUAGCGUUUGCUACGGUGGGCGCAACUUUUAAUAUGAUUUUGUUUGCUUGUUUUUAUCUUUUUAUCAUUACACCCCGCCCUUUUUGCAGCAAAGAAACCACAGCCAAGGACACACAUACAUGUAUAGACUCAGCGGAUUGGGAGGAAGAGUUUGUUUUUUUAUUCUCUACAUUCCAAACGUCAUUAUAUAGACAGACGCAGACAUUCAUUUCUGUUGAAUUAUUGUUCUGAUAUGGGCGGCACACAUGAAUACAGAAGCAUUCAGCAUGGAUCAUGAAAAGGACGUGGCCCCUUCCUUGACUGAUGAUCCAUGAACUGCCUGCCUGUUGGAACUGGGAAAGUAACCGACUAAUUGAGCCAUGCUCAAUUAGUGGAGCUCUGGGCUUCAGGGGUGAGCCCUGAGACUAGGUACAUAUGUCCUCUGUUUGGCAGGCUGCGUCUGCCGUGCGGCGCCACAGUCAGCACAAGAGAGGAAGCCCAUAUAGCACCAAGGCAACUAAUACAGCAAACACAAAGCGAGAUAGAUUUUGUUACUCCUCCCCUAGCACUUACAAGGCGAUCUCAGCUGGUUAAAUGAGACUGGGCGCAAAUUAUCUAUUUAGUACGAAUGAAAGAGUGACUGCA